UUCCAUGUUUAUAGAAAAACAAAAAGCGGUUUCCUGUGAGUUUAAAACAAAUCAGACAGUUUAUUGAUGCUCCACAGAACCGUCCUUCUGAUGAGUGUUUCUAAUGAAAGUCUUGAGCUAAGUGAAGUGAUUUAGUUCGUGUUUUAUUUUGCACUUGUCAAUGAAACAAAGUAAUCGAGCUAGAGUUCAACUACAAAUAAACACUGUUUUAAAGAUUUUAUAUUUUGUACAAUAAGUGUUAAUAGAAAAUCUUUAUUGAAAAAAAAAAAAUUUUGAAUCUGAGGCUGCUUUAACUCUGUCAGCUCGUUACAUAUUUUUCACCCAGAGUUGGAACUUUCCAUGCACUCAUCCCUCCUCUCUUCAGGCUGAAAUCACUCUGGAGACCCUCUUUGUUGGACUAAGUGAUUUGUACUGCACUAAUAAUAAACAGGUUUCUAUGAUUUCCUCCUUUGGUGUCCCCCUUUAUAUUCCCAUAAUCCUUAUGUAACAGAGAGAGAAAAUAAAACUGAUAAUUCCUUAGCUAGAUACAAUCCUGAUCAGGGACUUAUGUAGUAUUUAUAUGUCUAGGGUUUUUGGGGUGUACUUAGUUUUAUACAUGCUUCUCUAUUUUUGCUUAGUGCAAAAGAACAUUAUUUAUAUAGCACCAUUCAUGCACAAGUACUAGAAAGUAUUUUACAGGUAAAUAAAGGAACAUAAGUGAAAAAAACAAACAAGUUACAAAAUAAUUCACAAAUUUUUCUGCCAGUUAGCAAACAGGAACAACUUUGUUAAUUCUAACCUACUUAAAACAGGAGAUCUUCUGUCUGAUUUAUUGCCAGACAGUAAGAAUAAAAGGUUAUCUUUCUUUGUAUACAGUGUAUGUAAAUAUCUAUUUUUACCUUUAUAUUUUUUUAAAUAAUGACAUUGUGGAAUAAAUUAUGCUUUGUACACAUGAGGUUUGAUUUAAUGAAUUUUAGAACCUUGUGAACGUCAUAUGAUUUAUAUUUUAAGACCUCAGCAGUACGUUCCUCUGGUACAGUUUACCCAGGAAGCCCAGUUGGCCUUUUUACCACUUGCAAAGUGACGUUUAGUUUCUUGUGAACUGAAGUUUCUUGAAUUUCCUCUGCAGUGCAUGCCAGAGUGUGCAUCCUUCAUCAAUCUCGUUUCAUUUCUACGCUGUAGUUAUGACAUCAAUAACCGUUGGACUUAAUUUGAUUUGAAGCCAGGAGAGAUUUGUUACACUAUUGAUAAAAAUUUAAAUUAACCUUUGCCUGUAAAUCAAUCCUUGCAUAAUGUUAUCAGAUUUCUUUCAACAAUGAUAGAUUUGAUUUAUUUCUGGCUUUUUAUUACAAGUUUUUCUUAUUGUUUCUUCUAAUUUUAGUGGAAUUUUUCAACUGCAAACAAGGAUGUCAGUGUUUUUUUUUUCCUUUGUUUUUAUUGUAACACCUGAGGCAUAGUUUGACGGUUAACCUGCCUGACAGGUCUUGGAUUUCCAUAACCAGCCUUUGUACUGAUGAGAGUCCCUCCCACAUCUUCACGUGAUUUUAAACAACAAAAGGAGUGUUUCACACACCCACCAUUAUAUCUCGAGGACUUUUUGAAAGCAGCGCUUAUUGAGGCUCAUUAAUAAACUCUUCAUCAGAUCAGCAGUUCUAUUCACGCAAAUCCCUGAAGAAGGAAACUAAGAGAAAUCAUCAUGCCGACCAGUCUGUGUGGAACAUGGGACAUGAUCAGCAAUGUCAAUUUUGAGGGCUACAUGAGGGCACUUGGUGUCAGUGUUUAUUUGAGAAAGAUUGCCCUGAGGCUGAAGCUGAGAAAGGUGAUUGAGCAGCAGGGAGACCAGUACAUCAUCAAAACUCUCAGCACCUUCAAAAACUACACCAUCUCCUUCAAAAUCGACCAAGAGUUUGAGGAGUUCACAAAGGGACUGGACAACAGGCACAUGAAGUCGACAGCUACAUGGCAGGGAAAUAAACUACUGUGUGAGCAGACUGGAGAGAAGAAGAACCGAAGCUGGAUUCACUGGGUCGAAGGCGACAAGCUCCAUCUGGAGCUGUUCUGUGAAGGAGAGGUCUGCAAGCAGGUGUAUAGGAAGAAUGUAAAUGAGUGAAAAGGAACAAAGGAGAUGUUUUAGGACUAUUCACCCAGUGAUGGAGGACAACAGGCGUCUGAUCCACCACUGCUGACCCUGAAGGAGAAAACCAUAUCAGUCUACUGACUGUGUGGGGUUUCUCUCUGUAAUGGAGGCCUCAGGCCAGGAGAACAUACAGCUUUUAAAAGGAUAUAAAUGUACGCCACUUGGGGGCAUCAUUGCAUUACUUUUAUACCAUUCUGUUGCUCGGUGGAGCUGCAUUCAUGCUCAUAAGAUGAACACCAGAAAGGUUUCAUACCCUGUUUCAGCCAGCUGAAAAACAGAUUAAAGGUACUUUUUGUUUCAUCAUGUUCAAAAUACUUCCUUAAGGCUCCUGCUGUUUAAUUAAAAUUUAUUGUACAAGUUUUAAAAUUCUCAUUUGUGCUGAUAUGUUUAGGAGAAAUGUAAGAUACUUUUAGAGAAAAUUUGUUUGAGAUACGCUUUUGUACGAUUUGACUUUUGUCACAUAAAUUUUAUUUGAAACAA